ACACUUAGGAAGAAACCCGUUCAUCUGCGACUGUAACCUGCGGUGGCUAGCUGAAUAUCUGGAAUUGAAACCGAUAGAAACCAGUGGUGUCCGCUGUGAGAGUCCGGAGAGAAUGCAUCGUCGCCGCAUCAACACCCUAAAGGAAAACAAAUUUAAAUGUAAAGGUUCUGAGGAAAAGCGGACGAAGUAUGCGGGUGAAUGUCUCGUUGACGUAAAGUGUCCAGAAAAAUGUGUUUGUGAAGGUACAAUGGUGGAUUGCUCUGGGCAAGCUCUGGAAGAUAUACCUAAUGACAUUCCAGUUUUUACCACAGAACUGCGUUUGAACGAUAACAGCUUCAAGAAAUUCAAGAACACUGGAAUCUUCAAAAAAUUACCAAAUCUUAUCAAGUUCCCAUUAUGUCGAAAAAAUAAACUGAACUCUAGGGGUCUGUGGCCUAACUGGUUAGGCCAAGGCCAUAUAAGAUUGCUACCAAGUAACCAUCUAACGUGUAUAAAUAAUGACUCCUUUGUCGAGCUGGGAUCCUUGCGAAUGCUGUCAUUGUACGACAACAAUAUACGAUGUAUCAUGCCGGGAUCGUUCGAAAGGAUGAGAGCUCUUUCAACACUAAACUUACUCUCCAAUCCUCUCAACUGUAACUGUCAUCUUCGGUGGUUGGCCGAGUGGCUUCAUGAGAGAAAGACUGUGAUUGGAAGCCCUCGUUGUGAGUCUCCCAGUUCCUUGAAGGAAAUACCAAUUAGUGAUGUUCAGCUAAAGGACUUCCAGUGCAGCGAAUUUGAACUAGCUGAUGGGUGUGGUGCACGUUCUCCCUGCCCACCGGGCUGCACCUGUACUGGAUCUGUUGUUCACUGUAGUCGACAGAAGUUGAGAGUGGUACCUAAAGAUAUUCCUGUAGAAUCCACAGAACUGUAUCUGGACGUGAACAGUAUCUCAUCUAUCCCAGAUGGCAUCAACGCUCUGAUUGAACUAACACGGCUAGACCUAAGUAACAACCAGAUCUCCAUUAUUCCAAAUGAUGUCUUCAGUAACUUAACGAAACUAUCAACUUUAAUCCUGAGCUACAACAAACUACAGUGUAUACAGAAGGACAGCUUUACAGGAUUAAAGUCCCUACGCGUCCUUUCCCUUCACGGAAAUGAUGUAUCAAUGAUACCAGAGGGCGCUUUUCGAGAUCUGGUCUCUAUUACCCACAUUGCUCUAGGGGCCAACCCGCUCUACUGCGACUGCACUCUCAAGUGGCUGUCUGAUUGGAUUAAACGUGACUACAUUGAACCGGGAAUAGCACGCUGUGCAGAACCUCGACUGAUGAAGAACAAACUGGUCCUCACAGCUCCAUCUAGCCAUUUCCUUUGUACUGACAAACCGGAAGCGGACGUUCUGGCAAAGUGUGACAUGUGCUAUACUUUUCCUUGCCGGAACGGUGCCACGUGUGUAUCAAAACCGUUGCGGGAGUAUGAAUGUAAGUGUCCACCUGGAUACCAUGGUAACCAUUGCGAGCAGGUUAUCGACGCUUGUUAUGGAAAUCCUUGCGACAACAGUGGAACGUGUAAAGUCUUGGAAGCUGGACGGUUUAGCUGCCACUGCCCACCAGGCUUCGAAGGUUAUCAUUGUGAGACUAAUAUCGACGAUUGCAUUGCAAACAAGUGUGAAAACAACGGCACGUGCAUUGAUUUGUUACAGGCCUACGAAUGUAGGUGUCCAGUCGGUUACACAGGAAAUUACUGCGAAAAGAAGAUUGAUUUCUGCUCUAAACAGUUUAAUCCGUGUAAAAAUGGAGCAACGUGUGUCGAUCAUGAAACUCAUUACAGUUGUGUGUGCCCAGACGGAUUUCAAGGAGAAAACUGUACUGAGAACAUUGACGACUGCGGGGUACACUUGUGUCAGAACGGGGGAACCUGCCUGGACGGAAUCAAGGGUUAUAAGUGUGAAUGUCCGAAGGGAUUUUCCGGAACAUUCUGUGAGAUUGCCCCAAUGGUUGCUAUGUUGUAUCCUCAAACCAGUCCAUGUCAGCAACACGACUGUAAACAUGGUGUAUGCUUUCAACCGAGCGGCUCUACCGAUUACAUCUGUAAGUGUUCUCCCGGUUUCACAGGGAAGCGCUGUGAGAGGCUGUCCAGCGUUAGUUUUCAGAGCAAUUCGUUCCUGGAGUUUGACCCUCUAACGACCAAGCCACAAGCAAACAUUACCUUAACCUUGGCAACUAAUAACGAGUAUGGAGUAGUGGCAUACACUGGAGAUUCUCACCAUCUGGCAGUUGAGUUAUUCCGUGGCCGAGUCCGGAUCAGUUUUGACGUGGGCAACUACCCCGUGUCCACCAUGUUCAGCUAUGAAAUGGUGUCUGAUGGCCACUAUCACACCAUAGAACUGAUCUUAGUGAAGAAGAACUUCACAAUGCGUGUUGAUGGCGGAAUCGCUCGAACGAUUAUUAAUGCUGGACUGAAAGAGUACUUAGAAAGUUCUAUGCCUCUUUACAUAGGUGGUGUUCCCCAGGAGGUUGCUGGCAGUGCCCUUCGUCAGUGGCACUUACGUAAUACAUCUAGUUUAGAAGGUUGCAUGAAGGAAAUCUACGUGAAUGCUAAACAUCUGGACAUCAUGGUGGCCAAAAAGCAACGAAGUGUUUCUCCGGGUUGUAAAGAAUUCGACGCUCCGGAUCCGUGUAAAUAUCAACGAUGUGAAAAGGGCAAAUGUAUGCCUAAAGAUUCCUACAGCUACCACUGUAAAUGUUACCGUGGUUGGAGCGGGCAGUUCUGUGAUCAAGCCCCCACUUGCCAGAAGGAACAAACCCGCGCUUACUACGUGGAAAAUGGCUGUCGGUCCAAGAAGAAGAUGAAGCGGGUCCGUUGUGUGGGAUCCUGUGGGAACGACUGCUGUCGGCCCAAAAGGAUCAAGAAACGACGCGUGAGGAUGGUAUGCCCCGAUCACAAGACGUACCGGACUGAGGUCGAGAUUAUCAGGAAGUGCAAAUGUUCGAGAAAAUGUUAAAUUGCCAUUAGUGAUUAGUUUUCUUUUCAGUGUUGUGAUUUCUUGUUUCAGACAUUGUGUUACUUGUCUGCCAAUAGCGGAUGACUUGUUUCCUCUAUUUGUACUGCGUCUAUAAUGGAAGCGCCUUAAAUGACGUCAGACGAUGGAGAGCCGGCUGCUACAAACCUUUUCCCUGUGUUAAAUUCUCAUUCCAGAUCGCCACGUCGCCUCUUGAUCUAUCAGAAUUCGCAUUAUGUAUGUUUGUGCAUAUUAUCGUUCUUUAACUAAAGCAUUUUUUUGUUUCUGUUCGGAAAUUGCGAGGUAUGCCGUAAGGAUCUGAAUUAAAACAUAGUACUGUCUGCUUUUUUCUAAGAUGGUCUAUAAGAAUUGAUUAUGUAAAUUUUUCAUGACAAAGUUUAGUAUCAUAAUAAACUUUUGUUAUGAAUGAUAAUUUUUACUUGUUUUAGUCGAAACUUUAUAUAUUUCGUUAUUGAAGUUAAAUUUUGCUUUUUUUUAUGUAUAAACAAAUAACCUUAUAACUGUAGAUAACAAAUUGUACUUCUCGCUGGACUAGAGAGCGACCAUUGAUGGCUCAGUGUUGUAAUACAUACAUAUAUAUAUAUGAAACGUAUGAAAGUUCAAUUGUACAGUUUUCUCUCCUGUUUUAUGAGGAUUCUCUUUGAUAAUAUAUGUAGGACGUACUCUUGUUGCUGAAGUAUUUCUUUAACAUCCGCUUUGUUGUAGAUUUUGCAAUAUUUAAAAGUCUUGUAAAAUAUGUGUUUUUAUUCGUAAAAAUAACAACAAAAACAACCGA